UCGGCCUCGUCCGGGGUUCGUCAUUUUCUCUGAAUGGAGUUUAUCGUCUAGGGUUUCUAUUUCUCUCUUUUUGGAUCUCAAUCUCGAUCUACAUCCAAAGCUUCAAUCUUCUCUAGCUGUAUAGUUCUUCAAUCGAGAUGUUGGGGCGGAGGUCCUACAAGACGAAGCCAUGCAUACUCUUCCAGAGGGGCCGGUGUCAUCGCCAGAACUGCACCUUUGCCCAUGGAGAGGCUGAGCUCCGCCGCGCCCCUGGCCCUCCCUUCAAUGGUAGACGAGACUAUAAAGGUGGUGACUUGAGAGAUAAACUUGACCGAAGGCAUUCUCCCCAGGGAAGAUAUUCUCCUGGGAGAGAUAGAAGAGGGCAUCAUCUAUUGCAUAGUAAGAAACCACUCCUACAUGAUCGGGGUCUAAGCCUUUCAAGGUCUCCUGCCAGAAGGAGGAUGAGGCAACAUUCUGAUGGACAAAGUGAUCAUUCUGAAAGCUUCAAGAGAUCCAUUGGUGAUGAUGAACAAAUGAAAGAAGAUGCGAAUUCUUCAUAUGACAAGAAUGAUGUCCUUGAAGAUGAGUUGAGGCAGAUUGAGGACGCUAUUGAAAAGCUUGAUGAAGACAAAACUCAUCUAGAGAGAGUGUUGGAAGAUAAGGGUGAUGAAGCAGACAAACUUAUGAGAAGAAUCGAGGAUCUUGAGAGACAAUUGAAUAAAGAAGAGGAAAAUUGUAAAAGGAUUACAUCAAAGAUUAAAAAGUUCACCAAAGUUUAUGGACGAUACUUGAAGAUACAGGAGGAGUUGAAAAGGGCAGAAGUUCGUUUCCAAAGAUUUGGUGAUCAGGUUGGGUUAGAUGUUUCAAAGCCUAGUGUCACUGAAGAUUCUAGUUUAAAUAUUGGAAGUGAUGGGGAGGCAAACCGUGACAAUAAUAUAAACUCCAAGAAUGUUGAGCUGCCAAACCAUGCUUCCACAUCGAAGAAGAGAUCUCGUCUCCAUCCUCCAUAUGGUGAUGAAGCAAAACUAGGGAGUUCCCGAAAGAGAGAGAGGUUUUCAACUGGGGCUUCAAGGUCAGAAAAACAUGCUAUAACAGAAGGAACCGGCCUACAUUCAGAACAUAAUAGCAAGGAAACAGAUUUGGUGAAAGGUAAAGUAACCACAAAAGUCAUCUACAAUUCCGUGACCGAUGACAGUAAGCAAAAUCGAGGGAAAAACAGCCCUAGCAUUUAUUCUCUUGAUAAGCAGCGGAAGGGUUCUGAUGUUAUGCAUACAAUGCCACCAACUAGUAUGGCUGCUCAUGCAGUGGAUGAACUCACUGAGGCCAUUGAAAUUGAGGGUAGACCUGAGGCCCUGGAAGCUAAUGCAGUUAAACAAAGUGGAAUUUUGGAUAACAAACUCACGGCAUCGUAUAUUCCUCCAAUACCUCUUUUUACUAAAAACGCUUACAAACAGUUUGAAGGUGAUGACGAAGAAGUUGAUGUUGAAAAGGUUGACUCUGGAAUGGUCGACGAAAAUAUCAACAGUGAUGUUGAAAUCUGAGCAAACUCCAAGUGACCUCUCGUCUGACAAAUUUCAGAAUACCAUCAGUUUGUGAAUUUUGCUAAAUGUGGAAGGGACUGGUCCGAGUAUUUGUACUAACAUGCUCUUUUCUAAAUUGCCAUUUGUUUCAAUCCCUUUCUGUUUUUUUUUUCUUAGUUAGUCUUUCAGUCCCCAAAUGUACAGGCCUUUUGUCUGAUCCCAUGGUUUUAGUGAUUUGAUAACAUUAACAGUAGGACCGGUCUGCUAAUGUCUUUUGUUUUUUCUGGUAGUAGUGCACCUUUAUUA